UUCGGCAGCCCCCCCCCCAGGGCCUCGCCCCUCCUCGAAAGCAACCCCCCACCCUCUACUCGCAAGGCGUUUGUUUUUCUCGGGAAGAUGAGCUGAACGGCUCACUUCUCGUCUCAGAAAUGGAUUCUUAGUUAGCCCUUUGCUUUCCCAAGUAGUAAUAAUAUUAACAACAGCGACAAUGUGAAAAGGAAAUUGGAUCAGGAAAUUAGUCAGAGGUCUCCUUGGUGAAAGGCAGCCGCAGGGGAAUUUUUUUGCUCUGACUUCUGCUUCAGUCCUUUCGCCCGGCGCGAGAGGUGACCCGAGAACAGGUCGCGCAAAGGGCACCCCCUGGGCUCCCGCAGGCGGCGAGUCUCCAGAGUUGGCCGAGGGCAGGCGCGCCAUGCUGCUGCCGGCGAGUCGGGGGGCCUCGCGCCCCACACCACCAAGUUGCCUCCCAGGGGGUAACUCCCUGUCUAAGGGAUCUGCAGCCAGUCAUGUCUGAGCCACAGAGAUGGGCAAGAUCGAGAGCAACGAGAGGGUGAUCCUCAAUGUUGGGGGCACCCGGCACGAAACCUACCGCAGCACCCUCAGGACCCUGCCCGGGACGCGCCUGGCCCUCCUCGCCGCCUCCGAGCCCCAGGGCGACUGCCUGACCUCGUCGCCCCCACUCUCCCCGCUGCCGCGACCGCCCCCGAGGUCCCCUGGCCCCGGCGGCUGCUUCGAGGGCGGCGCGGGCAACUGCAGCCCCCGCGGCGGGGGCAGUGACCACCUCGGGGGCGGCCGCGAGUUCUUCUUCGACCGGCACCCGGGCGUCUUCGCCUAUGUGCUCAACUACUACCGCACCGGCAAGCUGCACUGCCCCGCCGACGUGUGCGGGCCGCUCUUCGAGGAGGAGCUGGCCUUCUGGGGCAUCGACGAGACGGACGUGGAGCCCUGCUGCUGGAUGACCUACCGGCAGCACCGCGACGCCGAGGAGGCGCUGGACAUCUUCGAGACCCCCGAUCUCAUCGGCGGCGACCCUGGCGACGACGAAGACCUGGCGGCCAAGAGGUUGGGCAUCGAGGACGCCGCAGGCCUAGGGGGCCCCGACGGGAAGUCUGACCGCUGGAGGAGGCUGCAGCCCCGCAUGUGGGCCCUCUUCGAGGACCCCUACUCGUCCAGAGCCGCCAGGUUUAUUGCUUUUGCUUCUUUAUUCUUCAUCCUGGUUUCAAUCACAACAUUUUGCCUGGAGACACAUGAAGCUUUCAAUAUUGUUAAAAACAAGACAGAACCAGUCAUCAAUGGCACAAGUGUUGUUCUACAAUAUGAAAUUGAAACGGAUCCCGCCUUGACGUAUGUAGAAGGAGUGUGUGUCGUGUGGUUUACGUUUGAAUUUUUGGUCCGUAUUGUUUUUUCUCCCAAUAAACUUGAAUUCAUCAAAAAUCUCUUGAAUAUCAUUGACUUUGUGGCCAUCCUGCCUUUCUACUUAGAGGUGGGACUCAGUGGGCUCUCAUCCAAAGCUGCUAAAGAUGUGCUUGGCUUCCUCAGGGUGGUAAGGUUUGUGAGGAUCCUGAGAAUCUUCAAACUCACCCGUCAUUUUGUAGGUCUGAGAGUUCUUGGACAUACUCUUCGAGCUAGUACUAAUGAAUUUUUGCUGCUGAUAAUCUUCCUGGCACUAGGAGUUUUGAUAUUUGCUACCAUGAUCUACUAUGCUGAGAGAGUAGGAGCUCAACCUAAUGACCCGUCAGCUAGUGAGCACACACAGUUCAAAAACAUUCCUAUUGGGUUCUGGUGGGCUGUGGUGACCAUGACGACCUUGGGCUAUGGAGAUAUGUAUCCCCAGACCUGGUCAGGGAUGCUGGUGGGAGCCCUGUGUGCUCUGGCUGGAGUGUUGACAAUAGCCAUGCCGGUGCCUGUCAUUGUCAACAAUUUUGGAAUGUACUACUCUUUGGCAAUGGCGAAGCAGAAACUUCCAAGGAAAAGAAAGAAGCACAUCCCUCCUGCCUCUCAGGCAAGCUCACCAACUUUUUGCAAGACAGAUUUAAAUAUGGCCUGCAAUAGCACUCAGGGUGACACGUGUCUGGGUAAAGACAAUCGACUUCUGGAACACAACAGAUCAGUGUUAUCAGGUGACGACAGUACAGGAAGUGAGCCGCCAUUAUCACCCCCAGAAAGGCUCCCCAUCAGACGUUCUAGUACCAGAGACAAAAACAGAAGAGGGGAAACGUGUUUCCUACUGACGACAGGUGAUUACACGUGUGCUUCUGAUGGAGGCAUCAGGAAAGAUAACUGCAAAGAUGUUGUCAUUACUGGUUACACGCAAGCCGAAGCCAGAUCUCUUACUUAAUGGCUUGGGGAAGGCACAAAACACGAGAGAAAGGUAACUGCCAGCCAGGCGUGCAUUGUUUAGCCAGGAAUUGCUGCUUGGUAAUAGUCAUUCUUUUUUUAAAUCCCAGAAUUUGUCAUCAUUUUCAGAGGCAGAGUGCCAAUAUCACCCAAAGCUCUCGUGUCUUUUUACCCCCUUCUUUUAUUUUUAUUUCUUAAUUUUUGUGCAAACAUCAAAGAACAUCGGUGUUCAUGGGAGGUUUUCUUGACCAGCCUUAAACUUCAAACUCAUUGGACUAAUCUGAUUUUCAGGCAAUGUUUUAUCAGGUGCUUUGUCCUAUAUGUUGUUUUGUUUGUCUUAGUUCCCUGUCUUAACUGUGUAUCCCAUCUGUCUCCGUGAAGCACAGAAAUGCCUUGAUCAGGUGUUCAUUAUUUUAGUGUUGGGUCUUCUGCCCCACCCUUUGCCUUCAUUGCUAUUUAUAACAGCCUCUCUGCUUUAUGUAUAAAUUAACAAUACCCUGUAGACUACCUAAGUGAAUUGGUACUGUGGACCUUUUUGAUAAGCAGGAUUAAAGUAGUUUUACAUCACCAUUGCAUUUGGAUGCCUGCUACAGUGUCAGUUUCUACUACCUAGCAACCAGCAUUUAUCACUACACUCAAACAAAGCCCCUAAGGAGGCUUAUUCUGUCCAAGUGAAAGAAAUUCUGUUUACACAUUUCUAUAAAUGCAAUAGCAACAGUGUGUCUGGUCUUUUGGGCAUGGGAGGGAAAAAAAAAAUGACAUAUAAACAACUUUUCUAAGGCAUACAGGAUCUGUGAGGUUGUUGAUUCGUUCCUAAUUCUCAUGUCUUUGUUAGGAAGACAAUUGUCACUUUUGCUAUCAGCACAUACUGUGUAUUAUUCUAGAUCCCAAGUACUAGAGCAUGAUCUGCAUGUCAGAGAUCUUGUACAGCAGUGUCUCCACCCAGACGUACAUAUCUGAUAUUUAGAGAUUCAGUGAUCCUUGUGAUAACAAUACACAUAGAAAGUUAUAAUUACACGCAUCUUUAUUGUAAAGGAAUUAAUAUACUGUCUGGUGCUGCUGUUAUUGGCUGCAGUGUUAUACAGAAUUUAUCAUGGAUUUUUGGCUGCUGAAAAAGGGACAGUGGAAUUUAGCCAUGCCAAGGACUGUCCCGGAAACAGACUUCUGCUGCUGAACGUGCCCUGCUGUGACCAGGUUGCACUUGGAAGAGGUCCCCGCAACGACACGAGUCAUUUAAAGUUUUUAAAAGAACUGUGACUGGAACUCAUUUGGUGCUCUCCAUCUGAGUGGUCUGCUUAACAACGGGCCGUGUCCAGGAAACAAUUGUAAAUAUCAAAGUGUAUGCAUGGGUCAAAAGCUUUGGCCAGCUCAUAUCCAAGGAAGCCAAAUUCACAAUCAGCAUCUCGGAAGCUUCAAAUGAGGCCCUUAUCUCUGUGAAUUACCAUUCCUGGGCCCGCAGUAGAUUGUGCUGUCAAUCAUGCAAGGCAGUGAUACUGGUGUAGUAUAGGUCUGUCUUAAUUUCCCUGGUUUCUUCCUAUUGUUUGGAUCCAUGAACAUUGAUUGUAUCAUUUUCUUAUAAACAAGUUAUGUUAUUAGCUUGUCACAUUAUGUUGUAAACUUUUCAGUGCCUAUUAUAAAAACUGACAUAUUUUUAAUCACAUCUUUGUUUAGUUCUGGAAAAUAGUGACCAAAAAAAUGCUCACCAACAUUCUUCAUAGUUUAAGUCUUUUGUCAUUGUUACCUCAAUUAUAAAUACAAAAAAAAAAUCUGGAAUGAGAGUAUUUUUUUAUUGAUAAAGGCGAAGUGUCAGCAUAUAGUAGAAUCUUAAAUUAUAUCUUCAAAUGUAUAUUUUGCAUAAAAGAGAUAUUCUUCAAUCACUUUUUUGUGAGUUUUGUGACUAAUUAAGCUUGUACUUGUCUUUAAAACUGUUGCAGCUGAAACUGUAUAAGAAUUCUUCACCAUGCUUAAUCAGUGUUACCAGAAUCUAUUCGUUCCCCUGGGAUUCUGAAUAUAAUGUAUAUGCUAACUAUGAACCCCUGUAUCGUGGACCUUUUGUGAAUAUUUCAAGGUGCAUGCACAACCUUGGCGAUAACAAAUGAAACUGUAACUAACUGAAAUGAAGAAUAAAAGGCAAACGAGCUGGGGAUUAACUUGAAUACAAUGUGAUUAAAUUAUUCAUAAUUUUCCUGACUCUUUUCUCUGUUUUUGUGUUUGCAACAGACUAUGCUAUACUUUUGCUUCUUGGUACCAAACCAGAUACUCACACAUGAUAAUUUGGAAUGAAAUUCCAAAUACUUAACUCUCGUUUUCAUUCAAGUUUUAGGCAUGUGUAGUUAGUGUUUUCUUCUUCUAAGUGUUUUGUCUACCUAAAAUUUCGUCUAUAAUUUUGAGAUGGCAAAAUCAUUAUUAUGGAAUUAUAUAUUAAUAUGACAUGUUAUGCCUAGUACUGAAUCUUUACUUCUAUUUUCCAACUUAAUCAUCACAGCAGUUCUGAGGCAAAUGGUUUUUGUUUUAAUUUUAUUGGUGAUAAAGUUAAGCAUCAGAAAGGCAUAAUUGUUCUUUUAUAUUUUGUCACAGAUAAACUUCCCUGCCAUAGUUCCUUAUUAUUUAAAUAUUUGCUAAAGCUCUUUUUGUAUAUGUCUUAUCUCCUGAAUAUGGCUUUUGCAUCACUUCUGGGUUAUGAGUCUGUUUCAGCACAUCACACAUAAAAACCAGAAGGAUUAGGGAAAGGGUUAAAGGAAAAUGAUAAUAAGGUUGGUGAACCCAACACUUUCCCAUGAUGCAUCAAUAUAAUCUUUUUUUAAUGUAUAAAAAUGCACAGUGCUAUUAAGAAACAAUAAAGAAACUAAGCUCAGAAAAGGAAAUAUGUCCAAAUAUAAUUAUUAAUGAAAUGUUUCUAACAAUGGUGUCAGGAUGUAGGAUUUACUAUAAAAAGAAAAAAGAUAUAGGUUGGGCAAAAAAUGUGUUAUAAUAUAUAAUAACUUGCCAUUAAAUUUUGAUUUAAAAACCAAGAUUAAAUGGUCAUGAAUGCAAAGUGAAGAUAUUCAUUGUAUUUUUGAAAUAAAUCACAAGGCAGGCUAAUGGGAUAGCAGUAGCGAACUGAUCUUAGAAAUAGACAAUGAAUAUGUUAGAAACUUAUAUUACAAAGCAGAGACUCUGGAGGAUUCAUAAUGUGCUUGAAGACAUUUACAACUAAAUGAAUCUAUUAAAAUAUUGAAAUCCCUAGUAGUUUAUGAUGACUAAAAUAUGUAGUCUAAAAUUUGUCCUUGCAGAUAAAAACUGUCUUCCUUCCCAUUUUCCCUGACAAAAUUCAAUUAAUUGUUUAAAUGCUUGGA